UGGUGCUCAACCGGGAAAUCGUCCCGGCAUUGCCGAAAUAGCCAGCUUUUGCUCUCGCGACACACGUGGACGAUGUGUUCAACGUAUCGGAACGAACGAUACAUCGUGAUUGUGAAUUUAACAAAAGAGACGACGACUCGGCCUUUACUUGUCUCAGUCACCUCGAGAUAAUCACUUACCUAAUAUUUUUCGAAUGAAAAAGAAACAUCUUUUUUUUAUUUUCAACCCGAAGAUGAAAGGCGGCUGGGAUGAAGCGAGGCCAGCUGUCGGUUUCCUUUCUCGCCCAGAGAAAUCGUAAACAAAUCGUUCUAUGCUCGUGGGCGCUAAGUAUAGAACGAUGGCUAUAUGCGAGUACGGAUAUGGAUAUACGUUCGGCAUAAUUAGCCCCGGAUCCUCUGACGCGGAGCGACGCGCGGAAGUCUAUAACAGGGGCUUUCAUGAUCUCGUCUGGAUAUCGUCUGGAAGCGCGGCACACGGGCUUUUCAACAAUAAUGGAACCGCGCGGUACUCCACUUCCGCUGACACGAGAAGCCGAGUAAAAAUUGUACAUCGCGUCAACGCGAGGGCAAUACUUCUCCUCGGCGUGUGCAGCCGCGACGCACUCACUCAAUGAACAAUCAAAGCCAGCGAACUC